CAUGGAUAGCCUAGAGCCUCUUGACAGAAAGGCGAUGCAAGAUGAUUGUGCUGCCAACACGGGCUGUGAGAUUCGAGCUGCGGCCGCGAGCCCUGGCUCGGUCGACCACCAAAGUUGUGAUACUUCGGUAAACAUUUCAGCUGUUGAUCCAGCAGCUACUUCACCAUCUGUCCAAGAAACUAAAAGGUUCUCGAUUUGUACGCUUAUAAAAUAUGCUAUAUAUAAUUCGUUUGUACGUUGAUAUGUUUGCUUCCAUGGCAAUGUUGCCACUGCUAGUGGUGUCUUAUCUGUUUAUACGAUUACUUCAAAUCGUUAGGCACGGUCAUGACUAUUACAAUGUCACUCGACUUAAGCUUUUCAUCCGAAUUUGGAUGUGCAUAAUAAUGGCAAUUCUAACCUUAUACUUUGGGGUUGCAGGACAUAUUUGUAAAUAUUAUUAUGCACAUUCGUUACACAAAGAUGCUGGACGAAGCAUUCGUAUGCUUACCUUAAUACCAGUUUCAGUUUAUUUCAUCAUAUUUGACAUAUUUUUCUUGAGCUCCUUCCUUCCAAAUAUUGUUUCUUGCGUUACACCUAAAUUGCCAUUAGAUCAUACUGAAAGUGGCCUUCAUGUUCGAGAAGCAGUGGUCGAAAUAAUCGAUUGUGUUCUUUUUUGGUGGAUCGAGUCUGAGGUUAUGAAUAAUGUCCCCGCUUUCAAGCACCACAAAAUCCUCGGAUUGCAUACUCAACAGUGGAUUAAGGUAUCUCUUUUUGUUCUCAUUGGCUACAAUGUGAUUAUACUGUCCACACGUAUGAUCGUUUACAGGUUACGGAUUUUAGCUGAAAAUCUAACUCCAACUAUGGAUGCAAAUUCGAUAGCAUAUAUAUUAGUAGACAGGUUCAUGAGUAGAAAGUAUCUAAUGUAUUGUGCUAAUGGAAUGAAACAUAGCAUCAACUUCAUGUUCAGCUCACUCAUGCUUCUACUUACAUGGGUGUUGUAUUUUAGGUCCCACCUAAAUGAAACACACAUUUCCAAAAAAGUUUUGGAGUUUGGAACAUGGACUUGUGUUAGUGUUCUGUUUUGUUCUGUUUUUUGGCUCAUCAAAACUUGUGUAUUAUUGUCUUGGGAGGCUACUAUAGUCUAUGAUAGAUUAAACAAUAAACUCAUAGUUGGGGGGAAACAACUCUUUUAUUUGGGCAUCAUUGGUCGACACAACCACGACAUAUUCAAGCUUUUGUAUGACGAUGAUACUAGUGUAGAUCAAAUCGACAAUAAGCGAAGCAAAAAUAAGUUAAGUUCAACAAUCGAGCUUAUUCAUUUGGGAAGUAAAUCCCACAAUGUGGAGGGCGUAAGCGAAUCGAUAGAUAAGGAUAAUGAUCAGCAGAAAAAACAACCAAUACGAGGUUUAGGUACUCGAAUUUAUGCCUUGGUUUAUGGUAAGCUAAUGAGAGAAGGUGAUCGUGAUAAGAGUGAAUCAGACAAAGUGGAUGAGUGUGCUACACAAAGAGUAAUUGGUUUGAAAGAUCAUGAGGAUGAAGAGUUGAGAAAUAAAAUGGCAAAAGUGAAGAAAUUGUCAAGCAAAGUGAAGAAAAGAGUUAAGUAUGACUUGUUAAUAGAAGAUGGCCACAAUUCUACCAUAUAUGGUAUACAACAAGUGGCUCAAUAUCUUUUGAGUGCCAGAGAAACAUUGUUGAAUGAGAAUUAUAUUUCCGACAUCCUCCUCUACUUGGAGAGAGGUAGCGAAGACGGGAUUCUCAAGCAAGAAUUCCUCAAGCAACUUAUUGAAUUAGGUGGACAUAGCUGCGAUGCAUGUAGGUUCCGUGGAUUGCGAAGGGUAGUGAAGCCCGAGUGGGACUAUUUUCAGGAUCAAUUACAAGAAUUAUCAGAAGAAAUAUCGCUUGAAAAAAUUGGAGCGUGGAUGGAUAGGGCAGCCGACAAUUGUUUGUUCCUUGCAAAUACAUUGAGCAGUGCAAAGGAGGUUGUGGGAUGUUUGAACCAAAUUAUCAGCUGGCUUUUAACUGCUGUUACUUUUAUAAUGUGGUUGCUUCUUACUGGAUUGGCUACUACGAAAGUACUUGUUCUCAUUGCAUCCCCAGUGUUAGCCGCAACAUUUAUAUUUGGAGACACUUGCAAGACCUUAUUUCAAGGGUUUAUGUUCACAUAUGUGGUGCAUCCUUUUGAUGUUGGUGAUUUAUGUGUCAUUGACGAUAAAAUGAUGGAGGUUAGGACAAUUGGUGUUUGGAAAUCAACCUUCUCAAAAGUUGGUACGCAUGAGGAUGUUAUAUAUACAAAUUUAGAAUUAUCCAACAAAAGUAUCGUCAACCACAAGACCGAAUUUGAUUGGAACGACUAUGUAGAACUCGAUGGAGCUUCUUUCAACAAGCAUAUAAUCAUGCAAUUGCAGCAAGAAAUUAAGAAGCACCUUGAUGAUAAUACAAUGAAAUUCAAACCUGGUCAUAAUUGUGUGGCAUUGUUAAUAAGUGGAGACAACAUCAAGAUAUCCAUUAGUUUUAGACAUAAUAAUGUGGAUCCUAAAGAUAGAACUUACUCUGAAUGUCUUAAGGCCAAGCACGAGCAGCGAUCUGAGUUGGUUCUUUUUGCAUAUGACCUUGUGGAGCAAAGGAAGAAGAAUGAGAUACCAAAAACUUCAGGUUCUUACUCUGUUGCAGAGAAUUCUACAGAGCAAGCUCAAGUGACGACUGAUGAGCCAUGA